AUGAUGACGUCCGCUGUCGGCAAUGACACAUUGUCUAUUGUUUAUCGUCCUAUUCAGCAUCAUGAACAACAACAAGUUAUUGACUUGCACUAUGCUGUAUUUGGAGCUAGGUUUAAAUCAGGUUAUUAUGAUCGGUGUUUUAUGCCAACAGCAUCUCCUCAAUACAAAGAAGGUGAUACAUUGGGUGCGUGGUGUGAUGGAAAAUUAGUUAGUACAGUACAUAUUCGACGUCUUAUUAUUCGAUCUGGUGAUGAUAAUGUAGAAUAUCGCUGUGGUAAUAUUGUAGGCGUAGCUACUUUAGAAGAAUAUCGAAAGCAAGGAUAUUCACGAGAACUUCUACGAAUGACUAUUGAUAAAAUGAAAGAGAGAAACGAGUUUGAUAUAUCAUUCUUGCGAACUCAAAUACCAAAACAUUAUAGUAUCCUCGAAUGGGAACAAAUAUCUAUUCCAUCUCAUAUUAUUGUAGAAUGGAAAAACUUUAAUUUUGAAAGUAGCAAUGUUGAGUGGCGAUCGACAGUUGACGUCGUAUCAACUGAUGGACAAUUUCUACUUAAAAUACAUUCAAAUAAAGCAUGUGCAUAUCAAUUUGAUUAA